AUGUGGUCGCUGAAGGUACUUUGUGUGGUUUUUGUGGCAAUCCUCUGCUCCGUUUCGGCGGCACCAAAACCGAAACCCGAUCCCCAACUCUCCUACAACGACGGCUCGUUGUCGGGGUCGAUUCUGUCGCCGUGGGGAGGGAACAUGCCUGGAAGUUACAGCAGCCCGUACGGAAGUUUCGCCAACUCGUACAGCACCUAUGGCCGGUACAGUAAUGCCGCUGGCUUCUUGUAA